CGGAGCGGAGCGGGGUGGCCGGAGCGGAGCGGAGCUGCCGCGGGGGCGACCCCCGGGAGGCCCCCGGCCCAUGGCCUUCAUCAUGAUGAAGAAGAAGAAGUUCAAGUUCCGCGUGGAGCUGGAACUGGACGAGCUUUCCUCCGUGCCCUUCGUCAACGGUAUCCUCUUCUGCAAGGUGCGGCUGCUGGACGGGGGCAGCUUCAGCGGAGAGUCCUCCCGGGAAGUAGUACAGGCAAACUGUGUCCGCUGGAAGAAAAAGUUCUUCUUUAUGUGUAAGAUCAGUGCCAGUGCCACAACAGGGAUUCUGGAUACUUGCACUUGCAGGGUGUCUGUACGGAAGGAAUUAAAAGGAGGAAAAGCAUAUGCAAAGCUGGGAUUUGCAGAUCUAAAUCUAGCAGAGUUUGCUGGAUCGGGAAAUACCACUCGUCGCUGUUUACUGGAAGGUUAUGAUACCAAAAAUACAAGACAAGACAACUCCAUUCUCAAAGUUUUGAUCAACAUGCAGCUGAUGUCUGGAGACCCGUGCUUUAAAACGCCUCCUUCCACAGCAACAUCUAUAGCAAUUGCUGGAGAAUCAGAGUCUUUGCAUGAAGACAGGAAAGGCGGAGAAAACUUAAAAGUAGCACAUCUGGGUAUAGCAGAUGUCUCAUCGAAGAGUGCCUCAGUCCCAGAUGAACUUGGUGCAUGUGGACAUUCCAGAACAUCAAGCUAUGCAAGUCAGCAAUCAAAACUGUCAGGAUAUAGCACAUGUCACUCUAGAUCAUCCAGUCUGUCUGAACUCUGCCACAGGAGAAACACCUCAGUGGGGAGUACCUCAGUGGGAAGUACCUCAACAGGAACUGGAAGUAUUCUAGAGCCAUGUGAAGAGACUGAGCCAAAAGUAACUGAAGCUGAUAUUGAUACAUCUACUGAAGAUGCACCACCAGAAAAACAAUGCAGACAUCCUGUAAAGCAAGACUCUGUGGAGUCACAGCUGAAGAGGGUUGAUGCUACCAGAGUUGAUGCUGAUGAUAUAGUUGAAAAAAUCCUCCAGAGUCAAGACUUCAGUUUAGACUCAAGUGCAGAAGAAGAAGGUUUAAGAUUAUUUGUGGGCCCUGGUGGAAGCACUUCUUUUGGAAGCCACCAUCUACCUAACAGAGUAGGAUCUGGAGCAUAUGAGCAGGUGGUGAUAAAACGCUAAAUGUCAAAUGAGGAAAACUUGGAGCUCUGGUGUUGAUACUUCUGGUAUUGUUUGCUCUGUUGCAAGAGCCGAGAAAGACAAAAUGAACUCAAUGUGAUCUUUUUCUAAAAAGCAGUGGAAUGCAUCUUGCUCAUAGAGCAUCAUCUUCUGUGGUAUAAAGGCAAUGUGUACCUUGUGAGAGCACUUGGACUGUUUUUGUAAGCUUUGUCUGAUGUUAGUGGAAGUACUUAAUUUCUGUGAAACAUCUGUGGAAACAUGUCCCAUUUCAAUAUUUUAUAUAAGAGAUUACUUGAGGUGAUGGACUUUGCUCGUAAUGUUGUUUCUAAAGAAACUUCUGAAAGUCGGUCUUAAGAGAACAUGAAAAAAGUAAUUACUGAAUUUGAUCCUAUAUGCCAUUUUAGUUAUACAGAAGCUAAUUACUCCUGUCAAGUCAGUUGUUAUCAGGUCAAAGUUACGGCCUUCAAAAAACAUGCCAGCUAUGUUUUAACAUAACCAAAACCUUGUCUUAAAGAGUACUGAGCACAACUUCAUUGUAAGGCUCAACAGAAGAGGUGGGUGAACAUCACGUACAUUUUAAACAAACCCACAAAAUGAAAUAGAUCUAAACCAGCUGCUAAUCAGUUGUGUUAACUGUAAAUUAAGGCUACAAGUUUAAAUGCAUCAAAUGUGACUUUUUUUUGUUCAAACGAUGAAAAAAGUGGGAUUCCACACCAAAACACUAAGGCACAGUAGCGUUUUAUCAAGAAAGCUGCCUUUAUUGAUAAAUCUGGAGUUCAGCAGCUGCUCCCACAGAAACUCACUUCCAUAAUGCAUAAACAUUGAGAUUCAAUGGGAUGGUACUGUUUACAAACCUAGUCAGUAGUUUACUACCACUUAAUUUUUUAAAUUGUAGUUUAAUCCUUCAUAGUCACUGCUUUGCUUGUGUUUUGAAUGUGCCUUGUGGGAUUGGGGGUGUACAGUGAGAUUAAACCAUUUACAAAGGAAUUUAAGCUUUAAAACUAGGUAAACAUCUAUACUAUUAUUAAUAUAACUUGUUAAGAGAAGCACUUUAUUGUAGACAUACUCUGCACACUGAAAAAGUCUUGGUGUGCAGCAGCAAAACUUUUUUUUUGCUAUCUGUCCACUGUUAUAUUAGGUCAAUGUACUGUAUUUAAAUUUGCACAAGUAGUGAUUUGCCUGACAGGCAAGAAAGAGCUCUUUAAAUUUUCAUUGAGAAUAUGAAAGAAUCCAUUUUUAAAGGGAUGUGUUGGGUAACAAAUAAGUGUAAUUAAUUGUAAACUGCAACUUACUUAAUUUUUUUUUUACAUUUAGUGGUACUGUUUAUCAGUUAAAGCCUGGAAUAAGUAAAAAAAAAGUGGCCACUUUUUUGAAAACUCAGCAUGCUUCAAAUUUUGCUCACAGUGAUGUUUGACAUCUUUUUAUUGACAUAAAAGUGGGCCAUAUUUAAUAGGUUAACUUAGGAAAAGCAGACUUUGUUUUCCAGAAAUCCAUAGUAGAAUUAUUACAUUUUAAUUUGUAUUUUUAAGAGAAUGACUAUGAGCUGCUUCUCAGUCUUGGUACUUGCAUACUUUUAUUUCUUCUGUUAAUUAUAAUCUUUAGAGUGUCUAAUUAGGUAAAAGAAUUAAUACAAAGAUUCUGUUUUAGUUGCUCUUAAUAGAAGUGUGGUAUUACCAGUUUCUGUUCUCCACAGGAAUUUUAAACAGAAACUACUCAACUGCUGUUGAGUAUACAACUCUCUCUCAGAACAUUAUAGUCUCAUUUCCUGUUAUAGCUAAUUCAUACCAAAAAAUCCCAUUGCAAGCAAAAGAUGCCAGAAAUUUGAGUAUGUUCUUUGCUUUCAGUACUCUUUGACACUGCUAUACUUGUUGACAGAUCUAUUAAAACUAGUAGUAGAUAAAUGGUAGCUUACUUACAUUUAACUACGAAAACUACAUGUAGUUUGAGGAAAACAGACUUUUAAAAAACACUGUAUAGCUACUUACGUAAUUCUUAAGGGCAUUUCCUUUGCCCAUUGCAUUUUAUGUUAAACAGCUAAUGGUCAGAGAUUAGAUAAUUUGUUUACUAGAAACAGUAUUUUCUUGCCUGAGCAGAUCUUUUAAAUAAUAGGGAAAUUGACAUAGAAAUCCAGCUUUUCAUAAAACUGUAUCUUAGUAUUUUAUUCUUCUGACUUUACUUACAACUCUUCAUGAAGUGAUAAUCCAAUUGUGCUUCAUGUAAGUGGAACAUAACCUUCACAUUUAGGUGCUGUAUUUUUUGUUUUUGUAAACUGUGUUAUAUGAAUACUGGAGACUUCCAUGUUGUAAACCGUUUGGGAUGUACUGGUGGAUUAUGUGGUUUUUAAACUGUAUUUAAAUAC